GGAAAUGGAUCUCCACCAGUAAAAAAGAAUCACCGUGGCCACCGUUCAGUUGUGCGCAUUACGCGUGAAUUGUCGGAACAGCCCUCUCCAUCGUCUGUCAGAGCGCCUGUCAGAGCACCGUGGCUGCCCGUCCGUCCGCUAAUGUGUCCCUCCCACUGAUCUUUUGCAGAUUGUAAUCUUAUCAGUGUCAAACCGUAGAUGCCCUCUCCUCUCGGACAUACCCUGCACGUCUUUGGAUGGCGUUCGUCCCCAAAAUUUGGAUGAAAAACGUUUGUUUUUAAGAAAACUUUUAUCAGCGACGGGAUUAGCUGCAUUUACAUGUGCGUUUGAAUGUGUGAUAAAAUGAACAUUGGUCACUGGUUUUGAAAAUCUCGACCAAAACAAGACAUGGAAUCUAAGUGCAAACAAAGAAGUCUUUUGUAUCUACUUUUCUUUGCAAUUUGCAUAGCCAACGUUUGCUUUUGUGCAAGAAGAUCAAAUGCUCGAAGGUCUGAUCGCCUGAGUCCUCCAUUAGACAUCCAGCUGGAGACAAUCAACUGCACUGCCUUCAGUGUACGAUGGAAGAUGCCCCGGAGACAUGUUAGCACCAUCACUGGAUAUAAGGUUUUCUACACAGAGAUGAAGAAUGGCCGUACAGUAGGGACCGCGUCUAUAAUGGAGGUGCCGCUCAGCUUGGACAUGCUGACUACUGGACAAUUUGAUGGACAAGCAAGCUUUGAUGUGGACAUCAGUAACCUGAAGGUGAACACUAACUACAGAGUCAGUGUUGGAGCAUAUGGCUGGGCAGGGGAGGGAAGACCCAGCAUGCCCAGAGACAUCGGCACUGCUUCACAGGAAAUGUGCAUGCCCCCUUCACCCCCCUCCAAGCCCACUGUCAUGGCCGUAUCCGACACAGAGCUGGCUCUAUCGUGGCAGCAAGGCGAGAGCGAUGGAAGCGCACCUGUUCUUCACUUCCUGGUGGCUUACAUCAGGCCUGAAAUGGACACAGAGUGGACAUACAUUCGUGAGCCCAUUGAGACUAACUCCAUGGUUCUGAAAGGGUUACUUCCAGAAACAGAGUACCAGUUUGUUGUCAGGGCGGUCAACAAACACGGAGUUAGCCCACCCAGCCCUAUCAACAAUCCCGUGCGCACGCUCGGUGCAUCAGAUGUUGGCAGCGGUGAUUAUGGGAGUUACAUCACAGAUCCUCGGGUCAAAGAUGAAGAUGGCUUUGACAUUGAUGACUCUGAUUAUGAUAUCUUCAUUGAAGAGUUGAAGCCAUUUCCGGGUAUAAGUCAGGACAACAGGAAGUCCCAACUGCGUUCACACUCUGGUCCCCCAUCUGGUCGAAAUGUUGUUUACCGUAUGAACACCAUGACUCCUCCAAAUGUUACAGCUGCACCAGUUUCCACCACCACAUCAUCCAUCUUUUCAGAGUUUACAGAUCUGCUUUUCCCAGUCACUUCACAGCCCAGUAGCACUCUUGAGACCAAAACUACUGCCCCACUCACCCCUACCAGCAUCCCUUUGUCGACCACCACUUCUACUACGACCACGUCCCCCUGGAAAGGCGAGGUACCUCGUGUGUACGACCUGAGCUGUGAUGAUACUGUGUGUCCGCCCGACAGCUUCUGUCUCACUGAUUACGAAAGCGGCGGUUCGCGCUGCCACUGCAACCUUGGACGAAGAGGGGACACGUGCUCUGAGGCGUUAUCAGUGAAGUUUCCCAGAUUCCAUGGCCACUCUCACAUGACCUUUGAACCCUUAAAAAACUCUUAUCAAACCUUUCAGAUUACUUUGGAGUUUAAGGCAGACUCUGAGGAUGGGUUGCUGCUGUACUGUGGAGAGAAUGAACAUGGCCGUGGAGACUUUACUUCUUUGGCUUUGGUUCGGGGGAAGCUUCAUUACAGGUUUAACUGUGGUACAGGAGCAGCUCAGAUAGUCAGUGAGAGCCGCAUUGUUCUCGGUCAGUGGCACACAGUAACUGUCUUCAGAGAUGGCAUGAGUGGCUGGCUCCGUAUGGACAACGACACACCCAUAUCCGGACGAUCACAGGGUCAGUAUAGUAAGAUCACCUUCCGCUCCCCAUUGCAUGUCGGUGGAUCUCCAAGCGCUUACUGGCUGGUCAAAGCGACAGGGACAAAUCGUGGCUUUGUUGGCUGCAUGCAGAGUCUGACCAUCAACAAUAAGGCUACAGACAUCAGGCCAUGGCCCCUGGGCAGUGCUCUGAGUGGAGCUGAUAUAGGUGAGUGCAGUGACAAUGUGUGUGACCUGGUCAGCUGUGCCAAUGGCGGAGUCUGCUUUGCAAAUCGUGCUGAUGGCUACAUCUGUCUGUGCCCAUUUGGCUUCAGAGGAGCACUUUGUGAAGAGAGUUUCUCACUGUCCUCGCCGCUCUUCAAUGAAACAGUGUUUUCAUAUGCCGUCAUCCCAUGGCCUCAGUCCUCACAGAGUUACCUGUCCUUCACUGAGUUUGAGGUGACGUUUCAGCCGUCAGCCCCUGAUGGAGUGCUGCUGUACAGUGAUGACGCAGGGAGCGGGGACUUCCUUGCUAUAAACCUGGUGGACAGAUAUGUAGAGUUCAGAUUUGACUGUGGCUCUGGAGGAGCUGUCAUAAGGAGUGAGGAGCAGAUCAGUUUGGACUCAUGGCAUGAGCUAAGAGUAUCACGUACAGCAAAGAGUGGUAUCCUCCAGGUGGACAGCCAAAGACCUAUGGAGGGGAUUGCUGAGGGAGCUUUCACUCAGAUCAACUGCAGCUCACCUCUCUAUAUUGGCGGCGUGCCAGAGUAUGAUAAAACCAAGCGGACAGCAGGUGUAAUAAAACCCUUCACUGGCAUUAUUCAGAAGCUAAUACUCAAUGAUCGCACCAUCCCUAUAACAACUGCAACUGCUGGUGGAGUUAAUGUAGCCAAUUCUGCACACCCAUGUGUGAAAAGUCCAUGUGCCAAUGGAGGAUCCUGCAGGCCAAAGUGGGAUGAAUAUGAGUGUGACUGCCCUCUAGGGUACGACGGCAGGCAUUGCCAGAAAGAGUGUGGGAAUUACUGUUUGAACACUGUUACUGAAGCCAUAGAGAUUCCACAGUUCAUCGGAAGAAGUUACCUGACCUAUGACAACAGAGAUAUCCUUAAAAGAGUAUCUGGGUCCAGAUCCAGCCUUUUCAUGCGCUUUAAGAGCACAGCUAAAGACGGAUUGUUGCUCUGGCGAGGAGACAGUCCAAUGAGACCCAACAGUGACUUCCUCUCUAUGGGUCUUCAAGAUGGCGCUCUCAUCUUCAGUUACAACCUGGGCAGUGGUGUAGCCAACAUUGUCAUCAACGGGACCUUUAGCGAUGGAAAGUGGCACAGAGUCAAAGCUGUGAGGGAUGGCCAGUCAGGAAAGCUGACUGUAGAUGACUACGGGGCAAAGACAGGCAGGGCGCCUGGUAAAAUGAGACAACUUAAUAUCAAUGGACCCUUAUAUGUUGGUGGCAUGAAGGAGAUAGCGCUUCACACAAACAGACAGUACAUUGGAGGCUUGGUGGGCUGCGUGUCCCACUUCACACUGUCCACGGACUAUCACUUAGCACUGGUGGAGGACGCUGCUGACGGCAAGAACAUCAAUACCUGUUCCAACUAGUGAAUGACUUCGGCAGAUUGAGAUUAAGAUAAGAUUUUCCAACCGAAUCAUCUGAUUUGUCAUCUUAAAGCUCACUUACCAGCAACAAAUCAGUAAAAACUUAAAUUAUAAUAUGUGGUUGUGUUUUUGUUUUUGUACCAAUUCAGAUCUGAUGACCCUGAGAGGAUUUUUAGAAAGCACAAGUACUUUGUGAAAAGAGGGAGAAAAAAGCAAAGUGUUAUGUUUGAUGAGGAUCUUUAAAAAAAAACAACCCUUUGAAGGACUUUUUCAUUGGAUGACUCUAUUUGUAUCUUUAUUUCUUUUCUUUUUUUCUACUGUAAAUCCUUAUUUGAUUGCUGGAAGAACCAAGUGAUCCAAGGGAUCAAAAGUCAUCAUGAACCUGACCUAGAACAGCGAGCAGAGAUAAACUUCUUUUAGAGGAUUUUGGUUUUGGUUCUAGGGGAUUUCUGUUGUCUUUGUUGUUGUGGCAUUUGUAUUCUUGUUCGUGAUGUCUUAUCAGUCUGUAGACAGAUAUUUUCUAAAAUCUGAUGGAUGUCAGUUUUUAACAACGUUUCUAGUUUUGGAGGGUAAAUACGUCAGCUACACAAAAUGUUGGUUUUAACUUUCUUCUUUUAGUUCACUUGGUCUUUCAUUUUGAUCUCCCAGACGUUAGUAACAUGAAAGUCUAACGUUGAUAUGGUGAGGCAGAUCAAAUCCUCAGUAAAUUAUGUGUGACAUACUGUUGCUGUCAUCUGACACAAACCACAGUGCUGUGGACAUCAGCCUUUGAAUUGUUGCUUGUAACUCUUGAUUAUAUUAUCAAAAUGAUUGAUCUCCUUAUUCUUCAUGCCUGAACUUUAUCCUUUAAAAGGGGCAUUCUGGGAAUACUCCAUUUGCAUCUUAUGAUCUAUUCUUGUGAUGGUCACUCCCACAAAACCAAGACACUGUUGUCAAAAAACACUGGUUUUCCCACGAGAGAUAUCCCCUUGUUUCAAAGAAAGUCUGUGAUGCUAAUCCUGGCGUUAUGAAAAGUGUUUCAAAAGAAGCAAAACUAAUGAAAUCACCAUGUGACUGUGAAUGUCAGCGGCAUCAGCUGACUUCAGCCUCAGAAUAAUUACAAUAGUUUGACUGUACAGAACAUGUAGUAUGUACCGGCUGACUUUAAAAGCUAAAUAACCAUAGAUCGUUGAAAAAUAUUAAUGUGUAUGAUCCCGGAUGCUGUGUCUAAAUGUCCAUUUAAAGCUUUAACUUUAAAUUGAUGCUGCCGUACUAGUCAGAUAGUGAGGGCAGGAAAUGUAAAAUCAGUCUUUAGGCCUGACCUGUGCAUAGCCAAAAUGAGAGAAGUAAGACGGACAUCGCGAAUGAAUGUGCACACAAAGAAAACGUACUACUCAAGCCUUAAUGUCUCCCUAAUUAUGUACUCCUGAAAAUGAAAGCAGACAAUUAAGUGCAUCAAAGAGGUGUGUCAAGAGGUCAUCCUUUGUUAUGUGACUAGAAACUGAUUGUUGGCGCUUUGGAAAGUAUGCUUAUUCGGGCUUGUAGACUUGUCCUAUUACAAGAUGAUGAAUUACGUAAAGUAAGCCUGUAUAUGUUUUGGUAUAUUGUGACACCCUCUAAAUAAAGUCCAGUCAAACAGAUUAAACAACUUUCUAGCCACUAA